AUUUACGCUGACCCAUUUCCGGGAACAAAGAUGGCGGGAAAUAAACAAAAAGAGCACUGCUGACAUUACCAACAUAGCAUUACUCGUGCCAUUGGCCUCCGCAAAGACUAUUUUUAAACAUUUUUACAGAAAGAAACAAUGGCUGAAAGACCAGAGGAUCUGAACCUUCCUAAUGCUGUUGUAACCAGAAUUAUUAAAGAUGCAAUUCCAGAUGGUGUGAAUGUAUCAAAGGAAGCCAGAUUGGCCAUUUCCAAAGCUGCCAGUGUGUUUGUGUUAUAUGCCACCUCAUGUUCUAACAACUUUGCCCUGAAGGGGAAGAGAAAAACUAUCACUGCCCAGGAUGUGAUGUCUGCCAUGGAUGACAUGGAGUUUGAACACUUUGUAGAACCCCUACAGCAGUGUCUGGAUUCCUACAGACAGGGACAGAAAAAUAAGAAGGAAGCAGCAUCAGAGCGGAAAAGGAAGACUCAAGUAGAAGUGACUCCGAUAGAAGAAGACGGAGAGGAAAAUGGGGGCGAGGAUGACGAUGACGAUGACAGUGGAGACGAUGUUCAACAAAAUCAAGACAAUGGUGUGAUGAGUAAAGACAAUGAUGCAGAGGCACAAGAGGAUAGCGAUGUUGUAGAAAUAUCAGAUGAGGAUGGAUGAAUAGAAAAUAUGAAAACAAAGUUUGUUUCACUGUUAGUUGAAAUUACAUGAAAAAACAAUGAAUGGUGUUCAUGCUCAUGAGGAAUUCAAUGUAUAACAAAGUUGAUUGUGAUGAAGGAAUAAGAUAAAUUUGUCUAAGAAAAAACAGGAAGUGAGUUAGAUUUUAAUUAAUCUUUGUUUUCUUCUCUUGUUGUAUUUUAUGGUGUCUUGUUAGGUAAUAGUCCAAUUAAUCUGCAUGUUAUAGUCAUAUCUGAUGGUUCAAUACAUGGUUUUAAAUCUUACAUCAGGUUUAUUUUCAUCAUGGUUUCUUAAUAUCUUUAUAUCACAUGAAAGUGUCGAUGAGCCAUGGUGAAGGAUCCGUCGUCUGUCAGUCAGUAGGCAGGGUACCUAUGAUAGAACACUAUAAAAUUUCCUCAUAUGAAUGACGUUGACUAAUUUUCAAGGUCAUAAGGGUAAAAUAUUUGAGAGAAAAAAUGGAGAAUUCUUAUGAAGAUUCAUUAGACGAAAGGUACCAAUAAUUGUACAUGUAGGUUCGUGGAAUAUAGGUACCUUGGAUGCAGUGCUAUGAAGUGACUGACACUGUGUCAAUGCAACACCCUAUGUUGCGAUUCCCCAAUGCAUCAGUUCAGUGAAUUCUUAUACCUCUGUUAGAAAUGUUGCAUACAUAUACCAUUUCAUGAUACUUCACUGACAGUUUCCAGGUCAAAAUUUGUUAAGUGUAAUUUUGUCUUCAUUUCUUACUAGCUAAUGGUACAUGUAUGUGAUCAAUUCAGGCCUUUUUUGCCUUUUUUUUGUGUCACAGGUUAAGAAGUUGAAUUUUGAUACUAAAAGACCUAUAUGCAUUGAUUAUUCCACAAAUAAUCAGUAACAUGUUUUGUUAAGAUGUUACCACUAUGUGAAUAUAUGGGAUUCUGUAAUAAAAUCUUGCAAAUAUUUAUA